CACUACACCGGUUUCGCCAUUGUUAGUCGAACCCUGAAGCCCUGAAGAGGUUUCUCGUCGGAUUGCGAGCAACUUGCCGAGACUGUGCCCCCCGCAGAAGGUGAACUGCCAGUGAACUUGACCUCUUGGUCGUUGUGCGCCUCAGCGAGGAAGUGAUUUGAAGCAGAGACAAGUAUUUUUAGCCCUUGUGAACGCACCUCAGGCUGUGACUAAUAUCGCGAGGGGCUCGCCAGCAAAAAGCCUACAUCAUGAACUGUUACGCGGCCGGACUUGCCAUGGCGCUGCUGGUGAUCGCAGUGCAAGCAGAAACCGGUUUCUACGUGCCCAAAGCUUAUUAUACGAUCGACGAGAACGGCUACCAGUCGCCGCUCAUCUACAUCGACAGUAUUCCGCAAGUUUUCCACCGUGCCCGGCGAUCUGCUCAGCUAGUGCCCAACUUUGGAUUUCCCGUCAACUUCCCGAACAUUCCGUUCCCGAAUCCGAGCCAGGGUGGCAACUUCCAGUCGGUGUCCAUCACCAGCGGAGGCUCUGGCGGAUUGAAUAAUCGGUUUGACGAGAACGGACAAUCGGCACCCGCCGCAACCAUCAACACGUUCUCGUCGCAAAACGGGCAGGUCACCCACCUGACACACCACAUCGAUAAGGAUGGCAAAGUGACGACACAUACGAACAAGAACAAGAACUGAGAGGAUAUUCAUG